UUCUGUGGUGGAUAGUGGAGUGUUUCCCAUGUGGUAUUGGUGUGCUGGAUAUCCCUUCACUGGUAGCCUGGUAACAUACACUCCCAGGUCUUUCUCUGCCUCUGUGGUGGAUAGUGGAGUGUUUCCCAUGUGGUAUUGGUGUGCUGGAUAUCCCUUCACUGGUAGCCUGGUAACAUACACUCCCAGGUCUUUCUCUGCCUCUGUGGUGGAUAGUGGAGUGUUUCCCAUGUGGUAUUGGUGUGCUGGAUAUCCCUUCACUGGUAGCCUGGUAACAUACACUCCCAGGUCUUUCUCUGCCUCUGUGGUGGAUAGUGGAGUGUUUCCCAUGUGGUAUUGGUGUGCUGGAUAUCCCUUCACUGGUAGCCUGGUAACAUACACUCCCAGGUCUUUCUCUGUGGUGGAUAGUGGAGUGUUUCCCAUGUGGUAUUGGUGUGCUGGAUAUCCCUUCACUGGUAGCCUGGUAACAUACACUCCCAGGUCUUUCUCUGUGGUGGAUAGUGGAGUGUUUCCCAUGUGGUAUUGGUGUGCUGGAUAUCCCUUCACUGGUAGCCUGGUAACAUACACUCCCAGGUCUUUCUCUGCCUCUGUGGUGGAUAGUGGAGUGUUUCCCAUGUGGUAUUGGUGUGCUGGUUAUCCCUUCACUGGUAGCCUGGUAACAUACACUCCCAGGUCUUUCUCUGCCUCUGUGGUGGAUAGUGGAGUGUUUCCCAUGUGGUAUUGGUGUGCUGGUUAUCCCUUCACUGGUAGCCUGGUAACAUACACUCCCAGGUCUUUCUCUGCCUCUGUGGUGGAUAGUGGAGUGUUUCCCAUGUGGUAUUGGUGUGCUGGAUAUCCCUUCACUGGUAGCCUGGUAACAUACACUCCCAGGUCUUUCUCUGCCUCUGUGGUGGAUAGUGGAGUGUUUCCCAUGUGGUAUUGGUGUGCUGGAUAUCCCUUCACUGGUAGCCUGGUAACAUACACUCCCAGGUCUUUCUCUGCCUCUGUGGUGGAUAGUGGAGUGUUUCCCAUGUGGUAUUGGUGUGCUGGAUAUCCCUUCACUGGUAGCCUGGUAACAUACACUCCCAGGUCUUUCUCUGCCUCUGUGGUGGAUAGUGGAGUGUUUCCCAUGUGGUAUUGGUGUGCUGGAUAUCCCUUCACUGGUAGCCUGGUAACAUACACUCCCAGGUCUUUGUCUGCCCCUGUGGUGGAUAGUGGAGUGCUUCCCAUGUGGUAUUGGUGUGCUGGAUAUCCCUUCACUGGUAGCCUGGUAACAUACACUCCCAGGUCUUUGUCUGCCCCUGUGGUGGAUAGUGGAGUGCUUCCCAUGUGGUAUUGGUGUGCUGGGUAUCCCCUCCCAAGGUGCAAGACAUUAGAUUUUCCUUCAUUGAAUUGUAGCAGACACUUUUUGAUCCAUUGCUGUAGCUUGGAAAUGUUGUCUUGUAGGAAAUCUGCAGUCAAGGAGUUGAGUAUAUAGUGUUGGGCUUUGUGCUGUAGUACAUUAUAUCUAUCUAUCUAUAUGAGAGAGAGAGAGAGAGAGAGAGAGAGAGAGAGAGAGAGAGAGAGAGAGAGAGAGAGAGAGAGAGAGAGAGAGAGAGAGAGAGAGAUUUGUGACUGACUCUCUCAUGUUAUAAUAAUAUCUGUCUCAUACUAUAACAAUAUAACUCUUUCCUUAGGUAACUUACUUAAUUAAUAAUGUCUUGUGCUUUACCUGUCUAUUUGAGCAUGUGUGUGUGUGUGUGUGUGUGUGUGUGUGUGUGUGUGUGUAAGGCUGUCAGUUCUACUCUCUCUAAAUGUAUGUUUCUCUCUCUCUCUCUCUCUCUCUCUCUCUCUCUCUCUCUCUCUCUCUCUCUCUCUCUCUCC